AUGAUCUAUGACCAAUUUCUCAUCGUCGACUGCCCAAAGGCAUAUAACGUCAUAAUUGGACUAACAUCACUCACUGAAAUCAAAGCGCACUUGUCCCCCCACAUGUUGCUGAUGAAGUUCCCGACUUGCAAUGGCACAAGCGCUGUCCGAGGGGACCAACUCAGCACGCGGACGUGCUAUGCAACGGCGCUAAAAUCAGUAGCUUCUAAAUCUCCGAGGGAGACUAUGUCUGUCCAAGGGGCGUCGAACGAUAACGGGCCCAUUGACGACCCAAGGAAAAAAAACCCAACGCAUAAGCGCAACCUGCCGAAGAACUAG